AAAAGGGCCUAAAGAAUCUGAUAGAAUCCAGCAAGCCACAUUCCAUUACAACACCCCCGCAGCUAGCGUUAUUAGAUGAUAAGGAACUGGCCCCAUCUACAUUAAUUUUAAUCCAAUCAGUCGGUGGUCGUUGACAGGUAAUUCAGGAACCAAACCUUGGUUAUCACGAGAGUAAGUGAGCAACCGAAUGCCCUUCACUAGUGAUGAUCCUCAUCAGUCAUCCUGGCCCAUCGAAGCAUCAGCCUUAUUCUCGUGGGAAUCUCAUAGGGAACAUUCAUGCUCAUAUAUAAGCCACGUACCUGCAUCUUGGCUCAUUGAUUGGUUUCGGCCUUUUUAGGUUCCCUCUAGUUUUUGUGUUCUUCGUCUGCACGCUAUGACUACCGAAGCCACUAAUCCAAAAUCCGUGUACGAUUUUGUCGUCAAGGAUGCUAAGGGAAAUGAUGUUGACCUUUCUACUUACAAAGGAAAAGUCCUGCUGAUUGUCAAUGUUGCUUCCAAAUGUGGCUUAACCGACUCGAAUUAUACGGAGCUGAAUCAAUUAUAUGAGAAGUAUAAAGAUAAAGGUCUCGAGAUACUGGGAUUUCCAUGCAAUCAGUUUGGUGCACAAGAACCUGGAACCAAUGAUGAAAUCGUGGAUUUUGUCUGCACUCGCUUCAAAUCAGAAUUCCCCAUCUUUGAUAAGAUUGAAGUGAAUGGCGACAAUACUGCCCCAGUGUACAAGUUCUUAAAGUCGUGCCUAUGGGGAAUUAUUGGCGAUGAUGUCCAGUGGAACUUCGCCAAAUUUCUAGUUGACAAGAACGGCCAGGCCGUGGGUCGCUAUUAUCCCACAACUUCUCCUCUCAGCCUUGAGCGGGACAUCGAAAAGAUUGUGGGUAUUAUAUAAAUUGUCAAGCACCUCAUAUGACGAAGAGCUCUUGGUUUUUCCCUGUAUGUUGUGUAUUAAAUUUGUUUACUUGAAAAAGAAACUUGUUUAUCCUCAGAUGCGGCGUAUUACGCGUACUAAAUAAGGACUUAGAAUCCUUUAGCUAUAAAUGAUGUGUGUUGAAUUUAGUCCAUUUGAAAAAAGGGUUUCAAGGAACGUUCAUAUCUA